CCCUAAUUAUUGUCCUGCAGGACAGCUGAUCUAUUUCAAACAGGAAGCUGUUUACAGAUAACACUUGCAACUGUUUUGUCUGAUUUGUUGAACUGUCGAAAAGCAAAAGACAACCUCUUUUCAAAUUAAAAACUGUCAGACUUCUGUAAACAGCAGCAAUGAGGUUCAUCUGUGCAGUGUCCCUGCAGGCACAGAGCGUUGUGCAGCUCCCAUUCUCUAAGCAGCCAUAAGGAGUCAGUGACCUGUAAGUGCUCAUUAUGAAGAGAGAUCUGGUUUUCUUGGUGACUCUAAUUAGCCUUGCCUUCCUGUCGCUGCUAAGGUCUGGAUAUCCUCAACACAUUGCAGAGGAGUCCUGCUCUGUUCAGAUUCUUGUUCCAGGCCUCAAAGGGGAGGCUGGAGAAAAGGGAGAGAAAGGUGCUCCAGGUCGUCCAGGCAGAGUUGGACCUCCAGGAGAAAAAGGAGAAAUGGGUGACAAAGGACAGAAAGGCAGCAUAGGACGGCAUGGAAAAAUUGGUCCUAUUGGUUCAAAAGGUGAAAAAGGAGAUAAUGGUGACAUAGGACCACCAGGUCCUAAUGGUGACCCAGGCAUCCCUUGUGAGUGCAGUCAGCUAAGGAAGGCUAUUGGCGAAAUGGAUAUUCAAGUAGCCCAGCUGACGACAGAACUAAAAUUCAUAAAAAAUGCACUGCCCUCCCCCGCAGCUGUCGCCGGCGUGCGUGAGACGGACAAUAAGAUCUACCUGCUGGUCAAGGAGGAGAAGAGGUACAAGGAAGCGCAGCUCUACUGCCACGGACGAGGAGGGACGCUGAGCAUGCCCAAGGACGAGACUGCCAACAACCUGAUCGCCUCCUACAUCAGCCAAGCCGGGCUCACCCGGGUCUUCAUCGGGAUCAACGACCUGGAGAAGGAGGGGAAUUUCGUCUACUCGGACCGGUCGCCCAUGCAGACCUUCAACAAGUGGCGCAGCGGGGAGCCCAACAACGCCUACGACGAGGAGGACUGCGUGGAGAUGGUGGCGUCCGGAGGCUGGAACGAUGUGGCCUGCCACAUUACCAUGUACUUCGUCUGCGAGUUUGACAAGGAAAAUGUCUGAGCUGCUCUGCUCUUUCUUUACUCCAGGAAAAGUGUUUAAGGCGGUUGUACGAGUUACUCCGCGUUUAUAGAGUGCAAGUGUAGUUUUGCAAGGAUGCAGCGUCGGAGUUGUACAGCUGUAAAUACAGUUUAGGUAUUUCGAAUAUCAGAAUUUACCCUUCAGAAGGGAGGAGCAGUAAUAAGGCAUAGUUCGGUUGGCUUUUUUUUAAUGUAGGAAAAUAUAUCUAUUUAGAUAAAAAUGUGCUUUUGGGCCAAAUUUUGCCCUUACAACAGUUAACAAAUGUGAUUACAUGAUUGUAAGGGAAGGCAGAAUUUGGCCUCUAGUGCUUAGAAUGGUUAUAAUUAGAUUCCUGAUAUUCUUUUACCUUAGUAAAAUUUUUAGUUAUAAGUGCUAAUUACUGGUAGUGCUACAGGGAUAUUUUGGCAACAAGACGAAUAUUUUGUAUACUCAAUUUAAUAAGUGCAAAUAUUGCUGUUUUUUGAAUGCUACAACUCUUUUAUAUAUUUUUUUUUAAAUAGCCAAAGCAAACCAAAAAGUCAUGAUUCCUACCAAUUUUGUAAUACUUCUUUAUUAAACUGUUCACAGAUUAAUGGCCAAGAAGCAUUUAAGUAAACUCAAUUUUAGUGCUGAGGGAGGACAAAGUCUAGUGAAAGGUGUCCCUGCCUAUGGCAGGAGGGUGGAACUAAGUAAUCUUUAAGGUCUCUCCCAACUCAAAUUAUUCUAUGAUUCCAUGAUUCUGUGCUGUGAAAACUCUUAUAA